GGCAACGCCGCCCGGAUACGUUCGUCUCGGCUCUCGGCAAAUACGAGGCAAACGAGGAUACAAAAAUGGCGUUUUGUAUGGAUCGCUAGAGAAUAAAAAUCUAAAUAAAUCUUUAUGACCUAUGAAACAUCUAUAGAUGUACAUGUUGAAAUAAAGCUCAAUUAGUCAAAGACAAUUCUAAACGGAAUAAAUUCACGUGAAAAGAGGCCUUAGACAAGAAGUCCCAAGCAGGCUUGUCCCAAGUAAAAAGGUGACUCCAGUUGAGUGUUGUGUUGUAUUAGUGAGUUGGUUAAGGAGCAGCCACAUCGGGAGUUGAAAUUGAGGAGCCCUUCCAAAGGAAUGCCAGCUAUUAUGAGCUGCACGGGGCCACAGACGUUGUAAAAUGGAUAGUCGUCGACAUGGAAAGUCUGAGAAAACGAAAAAAUCGAAAAAGCGCAAAAUUAGAGAUGGUGUUGCUACCUCGGUAACAGCUAAGCCUCUUGUAGAAUAUUCGGAUGUAAGCUCGGAAGAUUUGUCCGAACCCGAAGCCGGUGAGAUACAGAGUGGUGAGGAAGCCGGCGAAGCGGUGAGCAAUACAGAAGAAGGAGAAGUUGGGGACUUUGUAGACUUCACGGAGGAACAAUAUUCAACUGCCAUGCACAGGGAACACCGUAGAACAUACAUGGAGGAAAUGUAUUUGGCCAGAUCUACAGCGAUGCUCAUGCGGUCCCCAGGUCGUCGUCAUCGAUUAGAGCCAUUAUUAAUGCCACGUUCACCGACUCCUCCAAUGCUAAUAACAUCAAGGGAACGACAUCUAUCUGCUUCAGAAUCUUCAAAGUCUAGCGAACUAAGGCGAAGAAUAGUCGAAGUGAUAUCUCCUUAUCAGAUUGAAGAUUUUCAAACUGUGGAGAAGAGGAAAAAGAAGCGGAAAGAUAAAAAACACAAGAAGCGGGAGAGUAAAAAGGCCAAAAAGAAAAAAAAGAAAAAAAAAUCUAAAAGCAGUUCAGAGGAGAGUGACAGCGAAUCAGAUGUUCUUAUAGUUGAAUCACCAGAGAGCAGCCCAAAAACGCCGCCGAAAAUUGUGCCGCAAAGGCCGAGAGAAGCAGAGGUGAUUGAUGACUGGGAAGCUGCAGAGAAUAGCUCGCAAGUUGAAGACUAUUAUGGAAUGGUUACUGAUAGCCCAGUUCUAGAUACCAAAAUUGACCCUGGUGCAUGUUCACCAGUAUCGAACGACAGUCAUAUUGCGUCACCUGAAGCCGUUUCUCCUCCCUCUGCAACACCUCCUUUGCGUGUUUAUAGAGAUUAUCACACGGAUUACUCAAGAGACACCGCUCAUACACCUCCACCUGUACAUCCACACCAUUCUAGCAGGCCUCUAUCUAAUCACAGCAUUACAAUAGUGAGGGAACUGAGCCCGCAGAUGGUUGUUGACGAUUAUACGCGACAUUCACCUGUUCCAAGAACAUUCACUCCCGAUGUACUUCACAGCAAUCACAAACAUAGGUCGAUAUCGCCUAAUAGUAAACGGCGGAGGGAGGCACAUAGAAAACACAAGCGAGAUAAAGAAAAGGCCAGAGAAAAAAUGGCCCUCUCAAGAAACCGCAGCCCUGUAGCUAUGAAAAGAUCUAGAUCGCCUAGUUAUAGUAGAAGCAAGCAUUAUAGUCCAUCACCUAGUAGAAAUUCUAGAAGCAAAAGACAUAAAUCCAGGAGUCCCAGGAGAGAUAAAAGCCCAAGGCAUCGUCAUCGAAGCCCCUCACCUCAUUCGAUAAGAGCGUCCCAAUUAUCGAACAAAAUUACAGACACAAGUCUUUUUGCCGAGUUGGUUAAAGACCGACACAAGCGAGAGCAAGAACUGAAAAAACUAGAACAGAACAUGAAGUCGGAAAAGGCAGCUAAAGCUAAUAUAAGUUCGGAAGUGUAUGAUGUGGAUGACGACGUGGAUAGUAAGCCUGAAAACGACUACUCAAACACGGUUUCCAUACCUAUGGACAUUGACGAUAUUCCAAUUCCGGAUGCUUCGCCCAAAACCGUACCAAAAACUAACGACGUAGUGGCUACAAACAGUAGGAGCACCGAACAGCAAAACAACUCCACUGUUGCGCCACCGGUUAAACCAUUGCAACCUGCCGCACCUCUACCAGUUGUCAGGCCACCGAUGCCGCAACAUGUACCUGCAAAACCGAAUCACUUUUUCAAGAUUAAGCCUAAGAGUAUUACGAAACUACCCAUGCCUCCAGGAAUGGACGAAACAGAGCUGGAAGCUAUUGAAUCGCCCCCUAGUAGCCCAUCGCCUCCAAUACCCUCACCAAAGAAAGAAAAAACACCUCCCUUGAGUACCAGGAAGAGUGUUAAAGACCUACCAAUGCCACCAGUUGUACCGGGAACGGAUGAGCUCAGCGGUGAUGACGAUGAAAACACAUCUACGCCUCCAAGAAUUGUACCAAUGAAUAAAUUGGAGAAGUUCAAACCUAAUUCAAAGGCCAAAUUCGUGAAGCGUCCCAGAAUACUCAGGAGACGGACGUCUCGAAACUUCCAAAUGAGUGGCAAAGAUUGGGGUGAACGGUGCGUUGAUAUGUUCGAGGUGAUCGCGCAGAUCGGAGAAGGAACAUACGGCCAAGUGUACAAAGCGAAAGACGUCCACGCAAACGAACUGGUAGCAUUGAAAAAGGUGCGGUUGGAAAACGAGAAAGAAGGUUUUCCGAUUACGGCCGUUCGCGAGAUUAAGAUUUUGCGGCAACUCAAUCACAAGAACAUUGUGAACCUACGCGAAAUUGUAACAGACAAACAAGAUGCUAUUGACUUCAGGAAGGAAAAAGGAUCAUUUUACUUAGUUUUUGAGUAUAUGGAUCAUGACUUGAUGGGCUUGUUGGAAUCCGGAAUGGUGGAUUUUAAUGAAAUGAAUAAUGCCUGCAUCAUGAAGCAGUUGUUGGACGGGCUGAACUACUGCCAUAAAAAGAACUUCCUGCACCGCGAUAUCAAGUGCAGCAACAUUUUAAUGAACAACAAGGGCGAAGUAAAACUUGCGGACUUUGGAUUAGCCCGCUUGUACAACGCUGAAGAUCGACAGCGCCCAUAUACUAAUAAAGUAAUCACUUUAUGGUAUCGACCUCCGGAGCUGCUGCUUGGGGAGGAAAGAUAUGGCCCCGCAAUCGAUAUUUGGAGUUGUGGGUGCAUUCUGGGGGAACUGUUUCUUAAAAAGCCGCUAUUUCAGGCGAACGCGGAAAUGGCCCAAUUAGAUCGGAUAUCGAAAGUAUGCGGAACACCUACGCCUGCGGUUUGGCCUUCUGUAAUUAAAUUGCCCCUUUUCCAUGCCUUAAAGCCGAACAAGUUGCACAGGCGAAAGCUGAGAGAGGAUUUCGUAUUUAUGCCCACUCCCGCUUUAGAUCUAUUGGACAAAAUGCUAGAGCUGGAUCCCGAUCGCCGGAUAACUGCUGAAGAUGCUUUGAAAAGUUCAUGGUUAAAGACGAUCAAUCCCGAUCAGAUUCAAGCUCCAGAACUGCCUACGUGGCAAGACUGUCACGAGCUGUGGAGCAAGAAACGCAAGCGUCAAAUACGCGAACAGCAAGAGAGCAUCCUUAAUCUGCCUCCUGGUAAACCACCUUUGGUGUCGCGAACGGACAAGACGGGAGAAAAAGGAGAGGAGAACGAAGGCGGGUGAGUUGCGCAGCAAUAUCAAAGGCCUGUCUUGUUCCUAGGAUGCAUUAUGUCUAAAAUAUGUGCAGACACAUGCAUGAUUUGUGAUAUGGUUACCUCCUUGUGGUAAUCCGGAGUAAUAAUAUUAAAUCAGGUGGGCCUCAGCUUGAUCUAAUGUUAAAAUCUAAAUAUUUAUCCUAUACAGGGCCUUCUGUUUUUUUUUGUUAUGAUACAUUGUGAAAACUAGUCGUUUUAUUGAUUUUAUGUGGGAUAUGGAGGGAUUUGAAGUAAAGUGCCUAAAGGUAGCAAGUAUAUUUGAUUUUUGCUUCAACUGAGAGAAUUGCGGAAAAACGUUAUCGCUGAUUGUUUCUAUUUGGCGGAUAUUGCGAUUUCUCAGGUUUAAUUCUUUACAACUUAGUCACUCCGUCCUUUGUUACAACAAUACAAUUUAUGUUCCUCUCGACAUAUUAAGCAUUUUUUAAAUUAAUUUCAAUGAAAGUAAAUUUUAAUAAUAAACUAUAACGAAACACAUUACUUUGCACUAUUAAAGGUCACGAAAACACGUACUCCGUACUAGUGUUUUUAAUUUUUUAUUGUUUCUUCUCGCGCUUUCUUAUUGGUUCCUUCUAUUUAUCACAAAAAAUCAGAUUCGCUGAUUGACAGUAGUAUUGAAUAGAUUCCUUAUUUGGGAAAUGCUAGUAGUCGAUGGUGCGGCAAAAAUAAAAUAAUUAUUAUCCCAAAUAUGGCCUGGAAGUCGGGGGAAUUUGUUGGUGUAUGUACAUAUUAAAUUGUGAAUAAUUAGGGUACGUUAAUUAAAUUGUCUAAUUAGAUAUUUAUUGUUUUUCCCGUGCAGUAAAUUGUUAAGUCUAUUCAAUUCUAUUAUAUAGUAAGCAAUAUUUUUAUAAAGGGGUUAUUUAGUACACUUUAAUAUCCUGGAACGUUUUAGUUGAAAUGUUAUGGCUUUUAUUUUCCCUAAAAUUACUGUUUUGGUUCGACAUUCCCAUUAUUUGAAUUGUGAAUUGUGUUGUGUGAACACUGAAGUAAAUUAACUGUUCGCAACGUUUCAACCAAGCAUAUAAAUCAAAUUGUACAUUUUGUAAUAACACACCGUAGUAUGUAAAUAUGUGUAAGUUAUAGUUGUAAGAGCCAAUAAAUAUUGUUUAAUUUGUAGAAUUACAUUUUUCUUUAUGUUUUUUCAAGAAUAAACGGGACUAUUUAUUUUC